GCACAAAAGGGAAGGACGACCCGCGAAGCCCCCUCCCACCCUCCUGAAGUGGAUGAUGGGGAGCUGGAUUCGCAGCCCUGCUCUGGAGCCCGAACAGCCGCUGGCCCUGUGAAAACUUCUCUUUGGGACUGGGAAGCUGGAAUAUGUAUGUCUAAGAUGGAAACAUCCACCUCAACAGCUGCUGGGAAAAAGGAAGGGAAAAGUGCCCUUCUGGAGGGUAAUGGCUUUAAUGAAACAGGGAAGAAAACAACUCCCUUGGCAGCAGCAGCAGCAGCAGCAGCGGUGGUGACACAAGGAGUUCCACAGCAUAUUUUUCCAGCCUUCCAUUCUCCUUUGCCAAUUGACAUGCGUCACCAGGAAGGAAGAUACCAUUAUGAACCUCACGCCAUCCAUACUAUUCAUGGACCUUCUACCCUGAGUGGUAGCCCUGUUAUCUCUGACAUUUCCCUCAUCCGUCUUUCUCCACAUCCUGCGGGACCAGCAGAAUCACCUUUCAACCACCCUCACCCAUACAUGAACCCCCAUAUGGAACACUACCUCCGAUCCAUGCACAGCAGCCCUACCCUGUCUAUGAUCUCAGCUGCUAGAGGUCUCAGCCCAGCUGACGUAGCUCAUGAGCAUCUGAAAGAGAGAGGUCUCUUUGGCCUCCCCCCUCCUCCCCCAGGAGCCAACCCUGCGGACUACUAUCACCAGAUGACUCUCAUGGCCAGCCAUCCUAAUCCUUACGGGGACCUCCUCAUGCAGAGCGGGGGAGCAGCCAGUGCAACGCACCUUCACGAUUACCUCAGCCCUGUAGAUGUGUCAAGAUUCUCUAGUCCGAGAGUGACUCCAAGAUUAAGCCGGAAGCGAGCACUUUCGAUAUCCCCGUUGUCCGACGCCAGCAUUGAUCUCCAGACAAUGAUCCGGACCUCACCAAAUUCCUUGGUGGCUUAUAUAAAUAACUCCAGAAGUAGUUCUGCAGCUAGUGGCUCGUACGGGCAUUUAUCAGCAGGGGCAAUAAGUCCAGCCUUCACCUUCCCUCAUCCAAUCAAUCCGGUGACAUACCAGCAGAUUCUGAAUCAGCAAAGAGGCCUGAGUUCCGCAUUUGGACAUACACCACCCUUCAUACAGCCAUCCCCGACAUUUCCGGCACGGCAACAUGUGGCUGUCAUCUCUGUCAAUUCUACUCCUGCUCAGAUCAAUAAUAGUAGCAACUGCAUAGCUGAUUCUAACCAGAGCAAACAGAACAGUGAGUCAGCCGUCAGCAGCACCGUCAAUCCAGUAAUUAAUAAACGCAGUAAAGUCAAAACUGAAAUGGAAACUCUGCCACCAGCUUCCCCACCUUCUCAGGAGCAUCUGACAGACUUGAAAGAGGAACUUGAUAAGGAUGAAUGCAAACAGGAGCCCGAAGUUAUUUAUGAGACCAACUGUCACUGGGAAGGUUGUGCAAAGGAGUACGACACGCAGGAGCAGCUUGUCCAUCACAUCAAUAAUGAUCACAUUCAUGGGGAGAAGAAGGAGUUUGUGUGUCGUUGGCAAGAGUGUACACGGGAGCAGAAGCCGUUCAAAGCACAGUAUAUGCUGGUAGUGCAUAUGAGAAGGCACACUGGAGAAAAGCCACACAAGUGCACGUUUGAGGGUUGCUCCAAAGCCUAUUCACGGCUAGAGAACUUAAAGACUCACCUGAGGUCUCACACUGGAGAAAAGCCUUACGUCUGUGAACAUGAAGGCUGCAAUAAAGCCUUUUCUAAUGCUUCUGACCGAGCAAAACACCAGAACAGGACGCAUUCCAAUGAGAAGCCCUAUGUCUGUAAAAUUCCAGGCUGCACAAAGCGAUACACAGAUCCCAGUUCCCUCAGGAAACACGUGAAGACUGUGCAUGGGCCAGAGGCUCACGUCACCAAGAAGCAACGCAAUGACGUUCAUCUGAGACCGCCUGCACUUAAGGAAAAUAGUGACAAUGAAGCAAGUGCCAAACAGAGUGGCAAAGCCGCUGAAGACCGUGCUGAGGCAAACAGCACUACCAGAGGCACGGAGGACUGUUUACAAGUUAAAACAAUAAAGACGGAGAAUUCUGUGAUGUAUCAGUCCAGUCCUGGUGGCCAGUCAUCAUGCAGCAGUGAACCAUCACCACUUGGGAGCACCAACAACAAUGACAGUGGAGUAGAAAUGAACAUGCACAGUGGGGGAAGUCUGGGGGACCUGACCGCGUUGGAGGAUGGCACUCCUGUUGUGGACUCAACGGUCUCAUCUGGCAACUCGACCGUCAGCCUUCAGCUAAGGAAGCACAUGACAACAAUGCAACGCCUUGAGCAGCUCAAGAAAGAGAAACUCAGGACAGUGAAGGAUUCUUGUUCAUGGGUGAAUCCGGCACCACAAGUCAGAAAUACCAAGCUGCCUCCCAUCCCAGGCAAUGGCUGUCUACUGGACAACAUAGGUGGUACCUCUGCAGCUCUGCCUAACCCAAGGAUAACUGAGCUGUCCAUCAAUGAGGUCACAAUGCUGAACCAACUAGCUGAACGCCGUGACAGCUCAACCAGCACCAUCAGCUCUGCCUACACCGUCAGCCGCAGGUCAUCAGGGAUAUCCCCUUACUUCUCCAGCCGUCGUUCCAGCGAAGCGUCACCAUUUGGAAACCGCCCAAACAACACAAGCUCUGCUGACUCCUAUGACCCCAUUUCCACCGAUGCCUCCCGUAGGUCGAGUGAUGCCAGCCAGUGUAGCGGGAUCCCGGGUCUUCUGAACCUCACUCCGGCUCAGCAGUACAGGCUGAAAGCAAAGUAUGCUGCCGCCACCGGUGGCCCUCCACCGACACCCUUGCCUAACAUGGAAAGAGUAACCCUGAGGAACAAACUCUCCCUUCUGGAUGGGUCAGAGCCUCCUUUGUCUUCCUUUCGCCUCCCUCCUGGGCCUAGACGUUGUAGUGACAGUAGUGCUUAUGUGUAUGGGGCACCACCCAUGUUCUCACAUGAUUUGCCAGGCAAUAGCACGAGACGCGCAAGCGAUCCAGUGAGGAGACCUCCUGGAGACCCAACUUCUCUCUCUCGAGUCCACCGUUUCAACAGCACCAACAACAUGAAUCCUCUUCACCCUCCCGCAGACAGACGGAACUUCAACCUUCCAAACUUUAUGCGUUCAGAUGGAAGCAUUGCCAGGCACGUCUAUUCUCCACGGCCUCCAAGUAUUAGUGAAAAUAUUGCCAUGGAAGCAAUGUCCGGUGAGACCGACGGUUCUGUUGGAGAUGAUGAUAUUGUGCUACCAGAUGACGUGGUGCAAUAUAUCAAAUCGCAAAACAACGGGAUGACUGCAGAUAAUGCUUCCAUGGGGUAUGGAAAUGAGAUGCAGAACGUCCAAGCGAAUGUGAAAAUGCAACAUAACAAUCUAUUAAGCCAGCGCAGGAUGGCUGUUCCAGAUGUGAGUAUGAAUCAUGCAGCUCCAGUGGUGGGCGGAUGCCAAAUAAACUUUGGGGCUAACUCCAUUUUGAAUAAAAACAACAUGCCAGUCCAGUGGAAUGAAGUUAGCUCAGGCACUGUUGAUGUGUCCUCGGCUCAAGCAAAGCAGCAGUUUCCUCAACGGAACUUAGCUGUAGUCCAUCAAAAGCAGAACUUUGGCCAGUAUCAGAACUUUGGCCAUCAGCAGAUGCAGAUGGGUCAGAGCAACAUGAACAUGACCCUGCAGCAAUUUGUGCAGAAGAAUACAAGCGUGGAUGGGCAAAGGUUAAACUGCAUGCACUUAAGGCAGCAACAGGUGAAUCCAGGUCCUAGUAGCAAUCCAGAUUUGAACUCGCAUGAAGCAUACAAUCAGGUUCAUCCAAUGCUGAGCCCAAAUGCAAUGGGUGGGGAUCUCAAUCAGCUUUCUCCUUCCUGUAAUAACAUGAUAGUGAAGCCUGCAUCCCAUGUUCAUCCUCAGCAGAUAGAGACUAUGGCUGAUCCAAUUUCCAUGGUCAACAAUAGCAGAGAAUGCAUAAUGCACAAUCAGGUCAUGGAGGAACCAGGGCAUCAACAGAGCUUUUCAUCUCAGCCAAGCCAUAUGAACUUCUCCAUGACACAGGAGGUCUUCCAUCAACCUUCUACUUUAAUGACCUCAAAUCAAUCAAACUUUGAGCUGCAACAGGAUAUGCUUGGUUCAGCUGGACAGAGCUUCACUUCCAGUAUGGUAUUGCCUCAUCCUCCAACUAAUCCCAGUCCAGCAAACAGAGCCCGAGGGGUACGUGCUAUGCAACAGUUGGGUUACAUGAGAACACCUCAUCCAACUAAUGAUGUGAGCCCAGGGCAGGAAAGGGCAGAACCCACCCCCAAGAGAACGACUGGUGUAGCACCAUCACAGCCACAGCAAUGUAACAAUAGUAUGAGAGAGAAUCAUUUGAUGCACUAUUAUGGUCAAAUACAUAUGUAUGAACAAAAUGGGAAUUAUAAUAACCACGUGGACUGUAGUGUAAGACAGCAACAGUGUGCAUUGAACAUCAAGCCAGGCACCAUGUCCUCUCCUGGAGCUAAUCAUGUUUCAAGCACUGUGGACUCUCAGGUUCUGGAGCCUCCUCAGAUAGAUUUUGAUGCCAUCAUGGACGAUGGUGACCAUUCAAGUCUGAUGUCAGGGACCCUGAGCCCAAGCAUCCUACAGAAUCUCUCCCAGAACUCUUCUCGCCUUACGACUCCCCGAAACUCCCUGACACUACCAUCCAUACCAGCUGGAAUUAGUAAUAUGGCAAUAGGGGACAUGAGCUCUAUGUUGACCACCCUGGCAGAAGAGAAUAAAUUUCUUAACAUGAUGUCUUAAUGCUUAAAGCACAACUGUCUAGAAGUAUCCAAGGGAUGACAUGCUAAGCAAU